GGGGCGGCCGCGGCUGUGGCAGCUCCGCCCGGUUUCGGUUUCUGUCCGUGACCGGGGCUCCCGGGGGGGGGCUCCCGGGCCGCUGCGGGCCGGGCGGGCGCCGAGGCCGGGAGGGGAGCGGCGGGGGCGCGGGCAGCGCGGCUCGGCCCGGCUCAGCCCCGCUCGGUUCGCCCCGGCCCGGCUCAGCCCGGCCCCCGCCACCCGCCCGGUCCCGGCAGCGCGGCCGGCGGAGCCCCCCCUCGCUGGGGCUCCGGCAGGACGCGCCGCCCCGAGUUUCGUUUCCCGGCCGGGACCGGCACCGGCACCGGCACCGGCACCGGCGGGAUGGAGCUGCGGGGGUACCAGCGGGAGGCGGUGGCCCCGGCCCUGCGCGGCCGCAACAGCAUCAUCUGGCUGCCCACGGGCGCCGGCAAGACCCGCGCGGCCGUCCACGUCUGCCGGCGGCACCUGGAGAGCCGGCGGGGCGGCAGGGUGGCCGUCCUGGUCAACAAGGUGCAUCUGGUGGACCAGCACGCCAAGAAGGAGUUCCACGUGCUGCAGGACGCCUUCAGGGUGACGGCCAUCAGCGGGGACAGCCACCACAAGUCCUUCUUCGCCUGCGUGGUGAAGCAGAGCGACGUCGUCAUCUGCACGGCCCAGAUCCUGCAGAACGCGCUGGUCAGCGGGGAGGAAGACACGCACGUGGAGCUGACGGAUUUCUCGCUGCUGGUGAUAGACGAGUGCCACCACACACACAAGGAGGGCGUCUACAACAAAAUCAUGCUGAAUUACCUCCAGCGCAAGCUCAGCGGGCAGCAGGGCCUGCCGCAGGUCCUGGGCCUGACAGCGUCCCCCGGCACCGGGGGGGCAACCUCCUUUGAGGGAGCCGUAGAGCACAUCCUGCAGAUCUGUGCCAACCUGGACACCGAGAAAAUCAUGUCGGCGCAGGAGGAGGUGCAGCACCUGCAGAGCCACGUCCCCCAGCCCAGGAAGCAGUACGACCUGUGCCAGGAGAGAGCGCAGGACCCCUUUGGCGAGCAGCUGAAGAAGAUGAUGGAGCAGAUCCAGCAGUACAUGGAGAUGCCUGGCCUGCCACAGGACUUCGGCACGCAGAUUUAUGAGCAGCGCAUUAUGGAGCUGGAGAAGAGAGCGGCAGAGACGUUUUGUCGCAAGAUGCGGGUGUGCGCACUGCACCUGCGCAAGUACAACGACGCGUUGCUGAUCAACGACACGGUGCGGAUGAUCGACGCGUUCCAGUGCCUCCAGCAGUUUUACACUGCUGAGAGGGAUGCAAAGGACCCCACCGAACGGUUCCUCACCACCACGUUUGAGGAAAACAGGACGAGCUUGCAGGCGCUUGCCGGGGACCGGCGCUACGAGAACCCCAGGCUGGGCAAACUGGAGGAGAUCCUGCAGGAGCACUUCCAGCCCCCGGGCACCGCUCGUGGCAUCGUCUUCACCAAGACCCGGCAGAGUGCCCACAGCCUGCUCAGCUGGCUGCAGGACACGGCCACGCUCUGUGGCCAGCACGUCAGGGCUGCCGUCCUCACCGGUGCUGGCUACAGCAACCAGACCAAGCACAUGACGCAGAACGAGCAGCAGGACGUGAUCAAGCUGUUCCGCAACGGAGCCCUCAACCUGCUCUUCUCCACCAGCGUGGCUGAGGAGGGCCUGGAUAUCCCCGAGUGCAACAUUGUGGUCCGUUAUGGGCUGAUGACCAACGAGAUCGCCAUGGUGCAGGCCCGGGGCCGUGCCCGUGCCGAAAACAGCGUCUACUCCGUCCUCGCCAAAGCCAACAGCAGAGAGGUCUCUCGUGAGCUGCUCAACGAGAACCUCGUGGAGCUCAUGGAGAGGGCGAUCAGAGCGGUGCAGGCCAUGCCUGAGCAGGAGUACAGCCUCAAGCCCUGUGCUGCCUCCUGUCCUUCCCACUGUCCUGCCUCCCACUGCCUUCUACAGAUCAGGGACCUGCAGCAAGUUGCUGUUGCCAGCUGGUUAAUGAAGGAGGCCAGGAUCAGCGAGAGGCGGCAGCUGCACGACCCGGAUGAUGUAUACCUCUACUGCGUCAACUGCAACGUGGUGGUGUGCCGUGGCAGCGACAUCCGCACUGUGGAGGGCAUGCACCACGUUAACAUCAACCCCAACUUCAGGGUGUAUUACAGAGUUUCCGGGAAAAUACAGUUCCAGCGGACUUUCAAGGACUGGGAGCCCGGCUGCCGCAUCAUGUGCAGUGAGUGCAGCCAGGACUGGGGAAUGGAGAUGAUCUACCGACAGGUGAAGCUGCCCAUCCUCAGCAUCAAAAACUUUGUGGUGGAGACACCGGCUGAGAAGAGGAGGUACAAGAAAUGGAGUGCCGUGACGUUCCUUGUCAAGGAGUUUGACUACCUGGAGUACUGCUCCAGCACCCAUGGCCAGUCCUUCUAGCAUGGGCUCUGCUCAGAAGAGGACUAUUCCCAGGCCUUCUCCUGGGGCAGUGGGACCCUUCCCGUUGCCCUUGGCAUGGGACCCUACCUCCAGGCCUGUGCAGAGAGCCACGGCUUGCUCCUCUUUUCCUUGCUGGACCAAGUCACUGCAGCACAUCCCUUGCUAGAGCCUGCAACUGCAGGAGGAGGCUUUGCUGCACCCAUGCAGGAAGGACCAGACACUGGGAUGGGAAAAUACAUGAACGCUUCCCUGCCCGCUGGCAGCUGCUCCCUGUGCCACUGCCUUCCCCUCCUGCCCCCCAGUGCUGCCGGGCUCGGAGGGCUGUCACCGCAACCCUGCCAGAAGAACCAGCCAUUUCACAUGGGCCCAGGACAUGGCCCAGCGUUUCUCUGGCAGCCUCCGGUCUGCUUUGUGAAUUCGAUGGUCCUCCGUUAAAAACAUGUGUGUGCACUGGGAA